AUGGUACCUAAACCCGAUCCCCAAACUGUGAUUAUAACUGGUGGUACUGGCUAUGUAGGUCAACAUAUCGUUGCCCAAUUACUCCACCAUGGUCACAACGUUGUUGUAAUUGACGUUUCACCCACACAAGCCACAGAAAUGAUUCAAUUGUUCAAUCACCCCAAUUUGCAGUGCAAAAUAGUUGAUCAAUUGAACCAACCUCAUUCGAUUGAUUUUGUAUUGAGAAAAUUUCCCCAUGCUUCGAUAUUCAUUGCUUCUGCUGCUGUUGUUCCUCGAGAUGAUAUUGUUGAUUUUGAACGCGAGAUCAUUCAAAUGAAUCAUGAUAUUUUGAAGUGUAGUUUGGAUUCAGUGAAACGAUAUGGCAGCGGUGUUGAACGUGUCAUUUUAACUUCUUCCACUGCUGCCUAUGUUGCGCCUGAUAAAGCGUUUGCCAUUAAUGUUACUUAUUCGGAUGACGAUUGGAACCCGUUGCCUUAUGAUGCUUGGAAGGAGAGUGUUAGUUCGGCCUACUUUGUGUCAAAAAAGUUUAAUGAACAAAUGGCAUGGCAGUUCAUGAAGGAUGAACAACCCCAAUUUGACUUGGUAACGAUUGCUCCAGCAUUUUGUAUCGGACCAGCCUAUUUUGAAAGUCAAAUUAGCAUUGAUAAUUUGCCUUCGUCGACUUCUUUAGUCGGUGAUUUGCUAAAAUUGACCAAGCAUGAUACGGUACCUUCUUUUGCCGCUGGUGCCGUUGAUGUAAGAGACGUGGCAAAAGCACAUGUAUCAGUGAUGAAAACUCCCAAAGCCAGUGGACAGAGGAUUCUUGUUGAAGCGUAUAAAUUCACCAAUGCUAAUGCUGUCAAUAUCUUGAAACUGCAUUUCCCUCAAUUGAAGGAUAAGUUGCCUGAUGUCGAACCAAUUUCUGAAUCCAAAUUUGUUGAACCCAAUUUGAAAAGAAGUAAAGAGAUUUUGGCAUUUGACAAGUAUUAUACUUUGACUGAUUCUGUCGUUGACUUGGCUAGGCAAUUGUUGAAGGAUUGA